AUGGCAGUGGCCUCCGGCGGCGCCACUCUAGAAUACACCCCGACAUGGGCACUCGCUACCGUUUGCUUCUUCUUCAUCUUCAUCUCCAUCUUCCUCGAGCACUCCAUCAACCUCCUUGUCAACUUUCUCAAGAGGCAUCGGAAAAAUGCCUUGACGGAGGCAGUUGUGAAGCUUAAAUCAGAGCUGAUGCUUAUGGGGUUUGUGUCACUUUUACUGGCGGUAACCCAAGAAAAAAUAUCUAAAAUCUGCAUACCAGCCAGGAUGGGAGACAUCAUGCUUCCAUGUAAAAAAAAGAAUGCAACCGAAGAAAAAGAAACAGAGGAUGUUGAGCACUUUGUAAUUGUGAAUAAAAUUGUGACGAAUUUUUCUGCCGCCGCAAAUGGUCUGUAUGAUGAAAUACUAAGGCAAACAGUGCAUAGGCGGCUUGCAGAGGAGGACGAUGCAGCUGCUUCUGAUUCUUGCGGUGACGGAAAAGUAGCUUUCAUGACGAAGAAUGCUCUGCAUCAACUUCACAUACUUAUUUUUGUGCUGGCGGUUAUGCAUAUUCUGUACAGUGUUCUCACCAUGGCUUUGGGGAGGGCCAAGAUGAGGCGCUGGGAAAGUUGGGAGCAAGAGACUAGAACAAUGGAGUACCAAGUUGAGAACGAUCCAAAUCGGUUCAGAUUUGCAAGGCAAACAACAUUUGGAAGAAGGCACUUGACUUCUUGUACAGAGACAUCGUUUCAUCUCUGGUUGAAAUGUUUUUUCAGGCAGUUUUAUAACUCAGUGGCCAAAAUUGACUAUACCACCAUGAGACACGGCUUCAUAGCGGCUCAUCUGCCGAGCAGGCACAACUUCGAUUUCCAGAAGUACAUACAGCGGUCGUUGGAGGAAGAUUUCAAGGUCAUGGUUUCAAUCAGCCCUCUGAUGUGGUUUGUGCUAGCAGCUUUUAUGCUGGUGGAUGUGUAUGGCUGGUUUGUAUAUCUCUGGCUAUCCUAUGUCCCACUCUUUGUGGUGCUGGUUCUAGGAACCAAGCUUGAGCAUAUUGUUGCGAAAAUGGCCCUUCAAAUUAAAGAACAGAGCAGUGUGAUUGUCGGAACACCUCUUGUUCGACUAAACGAUGAUCUGUUCUGGUUUGGGAAACCAAGAUUUGUCUUGGUUCUGCUACGUUAUACUCUAUUCGUGAAUGCAUUUGAGCUUGCCGUCUUCGUUUGGGUUACAUGGCAAUUCUCGUUCAAAUCUUGCUACCAUGAGAACACCGUGAUCAUUGUUACAAGGAUUUUCUUAGCGGUGACAACUCAAAUCCUCUGCAGCUAUAUUACUCUUCCUCUCUAUGCACUUGUCACACAGAUGGGUUCACAAUUCAAAGGCAAGAUAGUAGAAGAUCAAAUGGCAGACAUUUUAAGGCAAUGGCAUCGUGAGGUGAGAAAUAGGAGGAAGAAGGAACAACAACUUUCGCAAUCGGGACGCUCAUCUUUCUCCAUAGAAUGGAGCGCCAUGAGGAACAGUAUAAGAAGGGCUUUCAGACCAGCUGAACCAGCCGAAAGUGUCCAUUCUUCUAACAGAUGGGAUACCAGAGAUGAGAUAGUAGAACAAGAGGGAAGCUCGUCAAGGGGUUUCAGAAGAAAUUCAGAUGCUGGAUCUUGAGUAGAAUCAGAAUGUUAAGUAUAUAUAGGAGGGUUAUUGGCUGGAGGCCUGCAAACUCAGUGAUUGCCACUUGGUAGCCAAUUGCAGGGAAAUACGUACACAUCAUGGGAUGUUGCAGCUUAUGCUUCUUCCAUUAUUUUUGUUUGUAAAUUGACAAACCACUAUUACAUUUAUCUAUACAAAAAAUUGUUUAGAACUUCAAA